CGCUAGCUCCGCGCAGACCGGGGCCAGUGCGCUGCGGGUGAGGAACGGCUCCGCGUGGCUUCUCUGGGGCGCCACGCGGUACCGCACCCUCCUGCGCCUCCGGGCCAGACGCUCGCUGCAGCACUUUCUCUCAGAUACAGAGCAAAACAGAGGCACCCUGGCCUGCCAUACACCAUCUUUCACGGUGGACGAGGUCGCCUGCAGAUCCAGGCUGGCCCUAUGCGCUGCCCAGUGGAGAUUUUUUUAAAAACCUCAUGGGACAUAACGCCAUUGCUGGAUGCCUGGUAGAAUUAAGAAACGUGACUGCAUGAGAGGCACUCUACAUGGGCGAGGAUGUUAUCUGAAUCAAAGAACUAAAUGAGUCAGACUUUCCUUAAUUAUAAAUGUUCUUGCUCUUCUCCACUUAAAGAUGCCUUCGCACUUCCGGUAAAUGCAAACCGAACACUCACAAGGCCACGGCAGAGAUAAAAUCGUUACUGCUGGAAACCUGGAGGGCUGCCCUUAAAAAAGGAAAGUCCCCGAUUGUUGUUGGAAAUGCUAAGAAAGUUGCUGAGGAGGAGACUUUUUUCUUAUCCCACUAAAUACUACUUCUGGUUUCUCGUGUUUUCCCUAGUCACUUUCUCUGUUUUAAGAAUUUAUCAAAAGCCCGAAUUUCUAAGCAUUGAACAUUUGGAUCUAGUUGGAGAGAAUCCUAAUAGUAAUAUUAAUUGCACCAAAGUUUUGCAGGGUGAUGUAGCCGAAAUCGAAAAGGUAAAGCUGGAGAGUCUAACCGUGCAAUUUAGAAGGCGCCCUCGAUGGACAACCUAUGACUAUAUAAACAUGACGAGUGAUUGUACUUCUUUCAUCAAGAGACGCAAAUACAUUGUAGAACCUCUUAGCAGAGAAGAGGCAGAGUUUCCAAUAGCAUAUUCCAUAGUGGUUCAUCACAAAAUUGAAAUGUUUGACAGGCUCCUGAGGGCCAUCUACAUGCCUCAGAAUUUCUAUUGCAUUCAUGUGGACAAAAAAUCAGAGGAUUCCUUUCUGGCCGCGGUGACUGGCAUUGCAUCCUGUUUCAGUAACGUCUUUGUGGCCAGUCAGCUGGAGACCGUGGUGUACGCAUCGUGGAGUCGGGUCCAGGCCGACCUCAACUGUAUGCAGGACCUCCACAAAAUAAAUGCAGGCUGGAAGUACCUGAUAAACCUUUGCGGCAUGGAUUUUCCUAUUAAAACCAACCUGGAAAUUGUCAGGAAACUCAAGUCACUAAUGGGAGAAAACAACCUAGAAACGGAGAGAAUGCCAUCCCAUAAAAAAGAAAGGUGGAAAAAGCACUAUGUAGUCGUGGAUGGGAAGCUGACAAAUACGGGGACUGACAAAAUGCAACCUCCUCUUGAAACACCCCUGUUUUCGGGCAGUGCCUAUUUUGUGGUCAGCAGAAAGUAUGUAGAGUACGUGCUAGAGAAUGAAAAAAUCCAGAAGUUUAUGGAGUGGGCAAAAGACACAUACAGCCCGGACGAGUAUCUCUGGGCCACUCUUCAGAGGAUCCCUGAAGUCCCUGGCUCAGUGCCCUUAAGUAAUAAGUACGACAUGUCCGAUAUGCAAGCAAUUGCUAGGUUUGUCAAAUGGCAGUACUUUGAAGGUGACGUUUACAAGGGCGCACCCUAUCCACCCUGCAGCGGGGUGCACGUGCGCUCCGUGUGUGUUUUUGGAGCAGGUGACUUGAACUGGAUACUGCACAAGCACCACUUGUUUGCCAAUAAGUUUGACAUGGACAUUGACCUCUUUGCCAUCCAGUGUUUGGAUGAGCAUCUGAGGCAUAAAGCCCUGGGGAUGUUAAAACACUGACAGUUAUUUACUGUAGGCAAUCUUAGAAAUAAUAAGGCGGCUACAUGAGAUGUAUCCCAUCUAACACUUCUGCUCUAUUAAUUAACAUCAGAAACACUGUAGGGGUUUAGAGCGGGACUCUAAAUCUUCGUGUCAGAGAAUGUACAUGGUCUCUGCAGAGCACAGCCAGUUAGAAAGGUUAUGGCAUUAAACCAUGACUUAGCGUUAACGUGAGGCCAACGCAAGUUGCAAGGCAUUGUGGGGAGAGGUGACCCAGGUGGCCCGGAAGAGGCCCAAUGCAGCAACCAGGCUGUUAAAAGAGCUCAGGGACUUAAGAAAAUGAUAAGAUUUAACCUGUGCCAAAAUCGCUUUCAGAGCUUUAAAUAUGCCAGUCUUCCCAGUUUGAAUAAAUUUAUAGCAACAACCAAUCAUGAGGGUAUAAUUUAUUUUGUAGGUUAUAUUUGUUGAAUUAGAAAAUUGACAUUACUGUAAAUGAUUCUUGUGAAUAUAAUUUACUGUCGGCUGCAAUAUUGUGCUGUGUCUUGUAUCUAUGUUAUCUCAGGGAACUUGGAAAAAACGGGCUUGACUGAAUGUAAAUGUUUCUGAGUAAUUUUUGUUUCUACCAAUGUACAUAUGUUUUUAAAAACAAAAAAAAAGGCAAUUUCUGGUUUAGUUGAUUCUAUGAAUCAUCUUAGAUUAUUAGAAAAGAUAUCUUAGGUUAUUAAAAGAGUUAAGAUA